CCAGUCAGAACAAGCUGUUGCAGAACCCUUUUGCAAACUCUCAGUGUGCAGUGUACCUGUUCAGCAAGGAGUCACUACUUUGGUAUGAAACACACUCAUCUUACAUGUAAAAACAACCGUAUUCAGCAGGGAGGGGUCUGACAAAGCUCCACUCCCCACCUGACUCACCUGACUCACCUGAGACAAAUCAGGAAACGAUAGGUUAGUCUUCCUCAUGAAAGAGAGACACACGGACUGAAAGACAGACGAUCAGAUUCAUUUACAGACCAAACUAACAACUUCCUAAGUCUCACUCUUAGGAAGUUGUUAGUUUGGUCUGUAAAGUCCAUAUCAACUACAGAGGAGAAAAGUGUAAAACGCUGCUGCUUCAACCUGCUGACACGCCACACUCUGAAUCUUCACUCAGAGACUAAAUGGCUUCCAGAUCAGAGAAGGAUCUUAGCUGUCCGGUCUGUUGUGACAUCUUUGUUGUGACAGUCCUGUUGUUCUGUCAUGUAGCCACAGUUUCUGUAAAGACUGUCUGAAGACAUGGUGGAGAGUGAAACAAUCACGUAGAGUGUUCAGUUUGUAAGACAGUCUCAUUACGAGGCGAACCUCCUGUUAGUCUAGCUUUAAAGAACCUGUGUAAGGCCUUCUUGUUGGAGAGAGAUCAGAAAGCUUCAGGAGCUUUCUGCAGUCUGCACUCUGAGAGACUCAAACUCUUCUGUCUGGACCAUCAGCAGCCAGUGUGUGUCGUCUGCACAGAUUCAGAAAAACACACCAACCAUAGAUUCAAACCCAUCGAUGAAGCUGCACAACAACACAAGAAGGAACUUCAGGAAACUCUGGAGCUCUUAAAGGAGAAAUUAAAGGUUUUAAAACAAGUCAAAGGGAAGUUUAAUCAAACAGCAGAACACAUUAAGGUUCAGGCCCAACAGACCGAGGCAGAUUAAGAAGCAGUUUAAGAAGCUUCACCAGUUUCUUGAAGAGGAAGAGGGUGCUAGGUUGGCUGCACUGAGGGAGGAAGAGGAGUAGAAGAGUCAGAUGAUGAAGGACAAGAUGGAGGCUCUGAGCAGAGAGAUAGCAGCUCUUUCAGACACAGUCAGAGCCACAGAGGAGGAGCUGAGAGCUGAAGAUGUCUCAUUCCUGAACAACUACAAGGCUGCAGUGGAAAGAGUCCAGCAGCGCCCCCUGCUGGAGGAUCCACAGCUGCCCUCAGAAGCUCUGAUAAACAAGGCCAAACACCUGGGCAACCUGACCUUCAACAUCUGGAACAAGAUGAAGGACAUGGUCUCCUACAGUCCUGUGAUUCUGGAUCCAAACACCGCUAAUCCAAACAUCAUCCUGUCUAAAGAUCUGACUUCUGUGAGGAGAGGAGAGAAACAGCAGCUUCCUGAUAAUCCAGAGAGGUUUGAUUCUUACUACUCUGUUCUGGGCUCUGAGGGGGUUUAACUCAGGGACUCACAGCUGGGAUGUCGAGGUUGGAGACAGUACAGGCUGGUUACUGGGUGUGUUAGCAGAGGAAGGGAGACAUGCAGUCUGGAUUAUGGAAAAUAGGGUUAUAUAACGGUCAGUACUCAGCAUGGCCACCAACAGGUUCACCUACAGAUCUUGGGGUGCGGCAGAAGCUGAAGAGGAUCAGAAUGAAUCUGGACUGGAACAGAGGAGAGCUGUCGUUCUCUGAUCUUAAUACUAACACACACUUACACACUUUCACUGAAAGGAUGUUUCCAUACAUUAACACUGGGGAUGAACUGAAGAUAUUACACUAAAGAUCUGUGUGACAGUGGAACAGAGCAGUUAGAGAUAAAGAUGAUGAUUAUGAUGUUGUUUAUUUAGGCCGCAUGAAAUUAAAAAUGUAAUUUUAAGCCUUUCAGGUUGCAUCCCUAUAGUGCACCCCUAUUUAAGAAUUUAUGCCAAAAAAUGACAAAACCUCAAUUUCUUCUGUAUUUUCGGAAGCCAAUAGGGAUGAAAUGAUACACUUAAAUCAUUCCCUUUUCAUUUCAAAGGUAGGGUAUGAACUGGAAAACAAUUAAUAUUUCCUUUUCUUUGUAAAAGUACCUCACGAUUCAGUUUUAAUCUCACUGAUGUCUUGUGAUAAAUCUUUACAUUUCUAAAAUCCAAUCCAUUUUUCCUGUAAAACAAACAGCAUGGCUUUCAUGGCCAGGCCUCACGAAAAACCAGACUCUCAAUCAGUGACUGGUCUGAAACUGGAUCAUAUUUUAUGAAGAAAAUAAUUUAUACGUUUUCCUCUUAUGUCCUCUGACUGCUCUGCCUCAACUCCACUAACUGCUGCUGUAGCUGCCAUUAGCAUGCAACAGAACCGGGCUCAGCAGCCUUCAUACCAGUCCCUGGAUUAAGUACUGUGGAUCACACAUAUCUUAUUCCAGUGUAUCGCUCAUGCCUACAGAGGGGUAAAGUUCUCACCAGAAAGGUGAAACUCUGGAGGAGGAGGCUACACUGGCACUGCAAGGUUGUCUCGACUGCACAGUGUGGGAGGAGUUCAUUGAAUCAUUUUGGAGUUGGAGCUAAGGGGAUGUCAUU